AUGGCCAAAAAGAUCAAGGAGGCAACCACAUGGGACAAGUUUAGCAAGAGUCCAACACUCAAGAUGGACUUGAAGGAUGGAGAUUCAAUUUUGACUCAUUUGAUAAGCUAUGAAAGAGGGCAACGACAAGACUUAAAAGGCCUUGGGCUCUUGAAGGGUGGAGAUUCGAGGUUGAAUCAUUUUGAAGAGAGGGGGAAUGAUGGGAACCAAGAAUCCAAGAAUACAGAGGAAGAUGGACCAUCUCCCGAAUCCGAGGACCAGUGGGUUCAAGGAGUAGUUGAAGCAGAGGAACAUGGCUCAUCUUUACGCAAUGUUGGUAAGAAGGUUCCUGUGUUGUUGAACCACAUGACUAACCCUCAUUUGGACCCUACAAUGGAUACCUCCAAGAGUCCAGCUUAUUGGUCAAGGGUUUGCUUGUGUAAUAUGGCCAGAUUAGCGAAGGAAGCCACGACAGUUCGGCGUGUGCUUGAACCCCUUUUUCAUAGUUUUGAUGAUGAUAACCAUUGGUCACCAGAGAAAGGAGUUGCCUCUUCUGUUUUGAUGUAUUUCCAGUCAGUUCUGGAGGAAUCAGGAGAUAACUCCCAUCUCUUAUUGUCUAUCCUGAUCAAUCGCUUGGAUCAUAAGGAUGUUGUCAAACAACCUCGCAUACAAAUAAACAUUGUUAAUGUCACCACACAACUCGCAAAAAAAAGCAAAGAAGCAGGCCUCGGUUGCAGUCAUUGGUGCAAUAUCCGACUCGAUCAAACAUUUACGAAAGUGCCUGCAAAAUUUAGCUGAAGUAUCCAGCCCCAGAGAUGGAACAGAUAAGUGGAAUACUGAUCUUCGUUUGGCUCUAGAAAAAUGCAUUUCACAGCUGUCAAUUAAGGCCGGAGAUGCGGGACCCAUUCUUGAUAUGAUGGCUGUCGUUCUUGAGAAUCUCCCAACAAAUGCUGUUGUGGCUCGAACAACAAUCUUUGCUGUCCUUCAAAC